AUGACUCAGCAGCCCCAGGAGGGCUUCGACAGGAGCGUGGAGGAUGCCCGCCGGUGGAUGAGGGCAGUGCAGGAGCGGCUGCAGAUCAGUGACAACACCCAGGGCCCCCGCACGGCGCUGGAGGCCAGGCUGCGGGAGACCGAGAAAAUAUGCCAGCUGGAGCCAGAGGGCCGCGUGAAGGUGGAUGUGGUGCUGCAGGCGGCUGAAGCCCUUCUGGCAUGCUGCCAUGAGGACCAGAAGACCGAGAUCCUGGCUCAGCUGAGAGACAUCAAGGCCCAGUGGGAGGAGACGGUCACCUACAUGACCCACUGUCACAGCCGGAUCGAGUGGGUGUGGCUGCACUGGAGCGAGUACCUGCGGGCCAGGGAUGAGUUCUACCGCUGGUUCCAGAAGAUGACGGUGACGCUCGCGCCCCCCGUGGAGCUGCAGCCUGGCCUGAAGGAGAAGCAGUGGCAGCUGGACCACGCCCAGGUGCUGCUGCGCAAUGCGGAUCACCAGGCGGUGCUCCUGGACCGGCUGCUGGAGGAGGCGGCCUCCCUGUUCAACAGGAUCGGGGAUCCCAGUGUGGACGAAGACGCCCAGCAGCGGAUGAAGGCUGAGUAUGACGCAGUGAAGGCCAAAGCCCAGGACAGAGUGGACCUGCUGGAGCAGGUGACCCGGGAGCAUGAGUGUUUCCAGGCGAGCGUGGAUGAAUUCCAGCUUUGGCUGAAGGCGGUGGUGGAGCGGGUGCACGGCUGCAUGGGGCGCAAGUGCCGGUUGAGCACCCAGGACCGUCUCUCGGCGCUGCAGGGCAUUGCCAGUGAUUUUCCUAAGGGUGAGGAGUCCUUGAAAAGGCUGGAGGAGCAGGCCGUGGGGGUCAUCCAGAACACCUCUCCUCUGGGUGCGGAGAAGAUCACCAGAGACCUAGAAGAGAUGCGGGACGUUCUGGAGAAGCUGCGUGGGCUCUGGGAGGAGGAGGAGGGCAGGUUGCGGGACCUGGUCAAGUCCAAGGGAGCCUGCGAGCAGCAGAGGGGGCAGCUGGAGACCAAGCUGGCAGAGUUCAAGAAGGAUCUUCAGAGACUGGCGGAGGAGGGCCUGGGGACCACGGCCAAGGCAGCGACCGAGGAUGAGCUGGUGGCCCGCUGGAGACUCAACUCGGCUACCCGAGCCGCCCUGGCCGCCGAGGAGCCGCGGGUGGACCGUCUGCAAGCCCAGCUGAAGGAGCUCCUCGUCUUCCCCCAGGACCCACAGCCACUCUCAGACAGCGUGGUCGCGGCCAUCCAGGAAUACCAGAGAAUGAAGGCCAAGAGCAGCAGACUGCGCAAUGCCGCAGCCACGGAGCUAUGGCAGCGUUUCCAGCGGCACCUCCAGGACCUGCAGCUGUGGAGGGAGCUGGCCCAGAGACUCCUGGAUGUCACCGCCAGCCUGCCAGACCCGCCCUCCAUCCACACCUUCCUGCCGCAGAUCGAGGCGGCCCUGAUGGAGAGCUCCCGCCUGAAGGAGCAGCUGACGAUGCUGCAGCUGAAGAAAGACCUGCUGGGCAGCAUCUUCGGCCCAGAGAGAGCCACAGCCCUGCUGGAGCAGGUGGCGACGUCUGUGAGGGACAGAGACUUGCUGCACAACCGCCUUCUGCAGAGGAAGAGCAAACUGCAGAGCUUACUCGCUCAGCACAAAGAUUUUGGGGCGACUUUCGAGCCUUUGCAGAAAAAGCUCUCAGACCUCCAAAUCCGGGUCCAAGCCGAGAAUGGGCUUCGGCGGGACCUUCCUGAGAAACAGGCCCAGCUUCUGAGGUUGCAGGGGCUGCAGGAGGAGGGGAUGGACCUGGGGUCUCAGGUGGAGGCCAUGAGACCCCUCUUCCAGGGGAACCCUAACCACCAGCACAAAAUGGACCAGCUUUCCGCCAACCACCAGGCCCUGCAGAGGUCUCUGGAGGACCUCCUGGAAGGACGCCAACAGAGCCUGCGGGAACAUUGCACCUUCAACCAUGAGCUGCUGAAGCUGCGGCAGUGGAUCUCUGUGAUCACACAGAAGCUGGAGGCCCACUGUGGGGACACGGCCCCAUGGGAUGCCCAGUCUCGGGAGGCUGAGGUUGAGAGGCUGCUGGCUGAAUUCCCGGAGAAAGAAGCCCAGCUGCCCGUGAUGGAAGCACUCGGCCGGCUGGUGAUGGAGGCGUCUUCUCUGGAGGGGGCUGCUGUGGUCCAGGGGGAGCUGGAGGAGCUGACCGAGUCAUGGAAGGCCUUGAGGCAGCUGGAGGAGAGCCUGUUGAGCCUGAUCAGAAACCAGCAGCUGCAGAGGAUGACAGAAGUGGAUUCAGGGAAGAAAAUGAUUUUCACCAACAACAUCCCAAAGACUGGAUUUCUCAUCCUCCCCACAGAUCUUACUUCCCGGCAUCGCCGUCAGGCAGGUCUGCUCCAGGAGGAAGGAGGCAGCCUUGAGGGUUACUCCCAGUCCCUGAGGAACUUUGAGCGCUGGUUGCAGGAGGAAAAUUCCAAGCUGGUUAGAAUCAUCGCCAUGAAAACUUCCACUGCUGAGGACUUGAGGACCAGAGAAACAAAGCUACAGGAGCUGGAGGCUCGAAUACCAGAAGGUCAGCAUCUCUUCGAAAACCUCCUUCAUCUCAGGCCAGCCCGCAGCUCAUCGGACGAGCUAGAGGAUCUGCGCUACAGGUGGAUGCUCUACAAGUCCAAGCUCAAGGACUCCAGCCACCUGCUGACGCAGAGCCCUCCAGGGGAGCCGACUGGAUUCCGUAAGACCGCGCAGUGGCGAGGGCUCGGCUCUCUCUGCCGGAAGGUGUGCUGCGUGGCGCUCCCCCUGCAGCUGCUGCUCCUGCUCUUCCUGCUGCUGCUCUUCCUGCUCCCGGUCGGGGAAGAGAACCGCAGCUGCCUCCUGGCCAACAACUUUGCCCGCUCCUUCAUGCUCAUGCUCCGCUACGACGGCCCCCCGCCCACCUAG